AUGGAUGAAAGGGUACUUUUUACGAGCGGAAUAACCGCAACUACUUCAUUUUUGCAUUCGUCAGGACAAUCAAACCUCAAGCAAUGUGCUACCUCAUCGCGCAACUCAGCAGUUAUGGUUGGCGACCGUUUGCUUGUAUCGCAGGCCAAUAAGGCACUUAUCAAUGUUUACAUCAUGAAUGACAGUAAUAAGAAGGAAUCAGUUGAGCAAAGACUCCCAUUGCCGGAACUGAUUAGCUGUAUAGCUGUGGUAGAAAAUAAUAAUGCAGUUGAAAGUAACUGCGAAAGAACGAAUGUUGAUCUACCGUACUUGUUGUUGGCUUCUACACCAUCUGGAAAGCUAUAUAUCUGGGAGUUAGCAUCUGGAAAGUUACUUUGUGUAAAACCAAUGUCUCACUACCAAACUAUUACAAAAAUCCAGGCCAUUGUAAAUGGGAAGUAUGUAGUGACAAGUGGUGCAGAUGCUCGUCUGAUUGUCUGGCAGACAAGCGAUUUGGUGUUACAAGAUGAACCAAAGCCUGUAUACAUGUUACAUGACCAUACCUUGGCAAUUACCGAUUUUGCUGUUUCCAACGCCCACAACAGUGACUAUCUAAACACUAAGUUGUUCACAGUUUCCGAAGACAUGUCCUUAAGAUGCUACCAGCUAAGCAAUGCUUUUGAACGUCCCCAGCUGCUAAAUACGUUUACAUUUCCGGUGCCAUUGACAUCAGUUGCACUAGAUAGUGCAGACAGGUGUGUAUAUGUGGGGACAACAGAGGGCGUGUACGCUCUGCCUACUUUCUACCACCUAGAUCCAAAAGGCUCCAAGAUCGUCAACUUGCUUCAACUGGGCGAGAAUAAAAUUCUCUCCAUCACCGAAUCACAGGAAGGAAUGUCUGCUAACCGCCAGGAGCUAUUCCAGAUGGGCACUAUUGUUUGCGAUAAGAUCUACCCAACGCAGGCAACCACCAUGCAGGUUUCAAUGGAUGGCAGUUUGCUAGUUGUUGGUAACACUCUAGGUUCCUGUUCUGUAAUUGACAUAUAUUCCAAGCAAAUAAUGAAGGAACUAGCGCCCCUGGUCACCAAAGAUGCCCAUCUGGGCCCAGUCAACAACUUGAUGGUCAUUCCAUGCAUUGCUCAUAGCGAAAGCCUGACGCAGACCGGCGUAAGCGGCAGUCAAAGUGCUAAAGUUACCAAAAUUCCUAAUCUGGAGAAGGCUAUUUACGAUAGGGAGGAUAUGCACAACUUAAUGUUCCAAAAGGGCAGAAAGCGUGAUCCCAGCCCAAUAUUACCAGUUUCCGAUUUCGAGAAAUAUAUCGACAAUGUAGCACAAGAAGAAAGCGUCUUCAUGCAGCUUGGUGCGGUGAACAGUACUCUAAAGGUUGUGGGCGAACAGUUACCGUCCUCCAAUGCUUCGAGCUCCCAGGAUACGUCCAAGGAUGCCGAGGUGGCCACCUUGAAAGAAACAGUCCAACAACUAACCGCUGCGUACAAAGACCUACGUGAAAUACACGAAAAGCUCUACGAGGACCAUGAAAAGCUACUACAAAAGCACAAAUAG